AACGAGGCGAAGAAGAAGAUGCGGAUAGUGCGUACGACGUGACGACGUUCAGAAUUGCUACUUGAAAUGUGUAUUUUUCGUUUAUUGUUCGCGACUAAGCGUUAACAUUAACAUUUGUCUGAAUAAAACAAUAAGAACUUUAGUAAAAAUAGGUGGUAAAUUAGCAAAUGUUGUGUUAAAUGUGAUUUCAUAAGAAAAGGAACGCGUAGCAUAGUGGCUAACGUAAACAACAUCUUACGUAAUUGAUCUUUACAUUAAUCUACAAAUAGCUUGUUUUCAAAUAUUAUUAAAAUAUGACCGAACCCAAAGGGAAAGCUUUGUGUCAGAGGUCUGAUGUCACCACAGUUGCUGUCAGGCAGCCUGUGGAAGAACUAAAAAGGACGAUUCUUGAUGAAGAUCAAUAUAUAGAGAGUUUGGAGAAGAUCAUCCAGCGAGACUUUUUCCCAGAUGUCUCCAAACUUCAAGCCCAGAAAGAUUAUCUGGAAGCAGAGGAGAAUGGAGAUCUGGAACGGAUGAGAGAGAUAGCCAUCAAGUACGGGUCUGCGAUGGCUAAAUACACCCCACGCACCUAUGUGCCCUAUGGGACCCCUUUGACAUUUGUGACCCCAGAUGUUCGGAGUGAAUCACCUUCAUGUUCACAAAGCAAACGCAGAGCAGCGAAAGAGGACGGAAAAGUUGGUGAAACAGACGAGGAAAAGGAGCUUCCGUGCUUAGACCGUUUUCUUGCUAAAAACACGAGUGAGGACAACGCAUCCUUUGAGCAAAUAAUGGAGCUUGCAGAUGACAAGGACAAAUUGAGGCAUGCAUGGCUGUAUGAGGCGGAAAAUGAAUACAAAGAGAGGCAUGAGCAGAACCUGGCUCUGCCAUCCACAGAGAAGCAGGCGCUUGAAUGCACAAAGGCGGGAUUGGAAACAUGGCAGUACAAGGCCAAAAACGCACUCAUGUAUUACCCUGAAGGUGUAAAAGAUGACACGAUGUUCAAGAAGCCACGGGAAGUUCUGUACAAGAAUACACGUUUUGAUGUUGACCCCUUCUGUAAAGCCCUGAACAAAUCUCAAAUCCAACAAGCUGCUGCACUCAAUGCACAGUUUAAGCAAGGCAAGGUUGGUCCAGAUGGGAAAGAGCUCCUACCUCACGAAUCCCCCAAAGUAAACGGAUAUGGAUUUGAGGGAGCAGCCUCCCCAGCUCCAGGUGUUGCGGAGUCUCCCUUGAUGACCUGGGGUGAGAUUGAAAGCACCCCCUUUCGUCUCGAUGGUUCAGAAACUCCUCUUGUGGAAAGAAGUCAUGGUCCGACAUUCAAGAUUCCUGAGCCUGGGAGAAGAGAGCGGCUUGGACUGAAAAUGGCAAAUGAAGCUGCGGCAAAAAACAGAGCAAAGAAACAAGAGGCACUGCGCAAAGUCACAGAAAAUCUUGCAAGCCUCACUCCAAAGGGACUGAGCCCCGCAGCACUGUCUCCCGCCCUUCAGCGUCUAGUAAACAAAUCAUCCAGCAAAUUCACAGAUAAAGCCCUGAGGGCCAGCUACACCCCAUCUCCAGCACACAGAGGCAUUGGCUCCAAGACUCCACUCGGAGACAUGGCCACUCCCUCCUCCAGCACACCAACACCUGGUAAAUCCCGAACACCAGCCACUCAGGACCCUGCCUCCAUCACAGACAACCUUUUACAACUCCCCAAAAGGAGAAAAGCCUCAGAUUACUUCUGAAGCAGCUGCACAAACACAGACUUCAUAAGGACAUUUACAUGACCUUCAUUUAGACCAUAUUUGUUUUUAUUUUUUAUUUGAAGUCCUUUUUAUUUUUUUAUUUGAAAAGCAUUCACACAUCAGCUGUUUCAAUAAGAUGAAUUGGACAUGUAGCCAAGAGUGCUCCAAAAUUUCACCUGUCAUGCAUUGUUUGAAAAUAUUGAGAUUAAGCGAUACUAAAACCAGGAACCAUUUUAGAGAGAAGUUGAUUCUGUUCUCCUCCUGAAUUCUGAGCAUCUUCUAGAUACUGAAGUCAUCACAAGUGGUAAUAAAGAGAUGUUAUACUACAGAA